AUAACAUGCAAAUAUCAAUGUGCGAUAAUAUGCGGGCUGUCAUAAAACAAGCUAUAUUUAUAUUAUUUCUAUUCAAAUUAAACGUUUUAAUAGCCACUGUUUUUACAAAAUUUAAUUUAUGAUUUAUAAUUUGUCUAGGCAAACAAAGUUGAGAAAACAACUUGCGCGUACUAGGUUAUGGGUUCCGAGGACAACAAGAAUGCAGAGAACAGAAGUGGUACCAUUUUUUGAGAGUCUUCUACAGGGUGAUCCUGAAAUGUCGACAGCAAUUGCUGCCAUUCAGACUCUAAUGGAGUUUAUGAAAAGAAACUCGGCUGAAACGAUUGCUGAGCUAACGAGUGACUUGAAAGGUGCAAUGGUUGAGCUACAGACAAGUGAUCAGUCUGUUGUGUCUGUAGCAUCAGGAUGCGAACUAUUCUUUCGUUUUAUUACUCUCACGGCUCUAGACAUGGCAAAUUUCAAUGACUGCAAACAGUUGCUGGUUGAAAGAGGUCAGUUAUAUUUGCAGAAGGCUGCACAGGCACGCCAAAAGAUAGGAAAACUUGGAGUUCCAUUUAUCAGGGAUGGGGCUACAAUACUCAUACAUUCUCGUUCUCGUGUUGUACUCACUCUAUUGAAGGAAGCAGCGAGCUACAACAAGCACUGCACUGUUUUUGUAACAGAGUCAUGUCCUGAUAGAUCAGGGCUUAUUAUGCAAAAGGCUCUUCAAGAUGCUGGCAUUCGUGCUUAUGUAAUUGUCGAUGCAGCUGUUGGUUAUAUUAUGGAAAGAAUUGAUUUAGUAAUGUUUGGAGCUGAAGGUGUGGUUGAAAGUGGUGGCAUCAUUAACAAGGUUAGCUUUGAUGCCUUCAGGAAAUCAGUAUAUAGAAGACACAAGAUCUUAUACAAUAGAAAACAUACACAUUCAAACUUGCUUGAUAUUGGAACAUAUCAGAUAGCCGUUGUUGCCAAGGCUGCCAACAAACCAGUGUACGUUGUUGCCGAAAGUUUCAAGUUUCUUCGUCAAUAUCCACUCAACCAAUUUGAAGCCCCAAACAAACACAAGUAUGUGAACCCACAGCCUAAUGAUUUCUCUGAUCAUCCACUUGUGGACUACACACCACCAUCUUAUAUCAACCUACUGUUUACUGACUUUGCAGUGUUGACUCCUUCUGCUGUUAGUGACGAAUUGAUUAAAUUGUAUUGCUGAGUUAAGGUAGUACAGUACAUAACAACUGACCAAGUUUGAAAAUGCUCAAGUUACAAAUAUUUCCUACAGUUCUGUGAACUGAGAAACGUAAGUUUGACAAUUACAUAGUAAUUAUUGACAACUCACUUGUUUACUGUGAUCUUCUAAUACACUAGAGAGUUUACCUUGAACAUUGCUAGGUAUGAUAGAAAUUGAUCUAGAUGGCCAAAAGUGGCAUUAGAAUGAGGUCUUUAUCACACAUUUUUAGUAGAGUAAAGUAAUGACAAUCUUGAAGAAAGAAUUUACUUGGUCCAGCUCUGUUCUCAAGUUGCUAGUGUA